AUGGCCUUCGUCAACGCACCGAACAAGGUGCCUUACUACCAGCGCUUCUACCAGACUGCCUACCGCAACCACCAGCGCGUCUGGAAGAUCCACCCGAGGAGCAGGUACAUGCUUGUUCCCUACCUCGUCGGUCUUUGGGGAGGUCUUGGACUGAGCCUGUGGGGUCUUGGACGUAAGGCCGCUGGCUACAACUCCUACUGGGGCGAGAAAUAG